UCUUUGUCUUAACAUGCCAUGCUUCUGUUUCGGUGCAGGAUUUAGAAACUGCGUCCAAAUUCUCACCCCAUGCGUAGUUUUCCAUGCCUAGAUCAACUUCACUUCAGAAAACACAUAAAUACGGAGCAUUUUUAGCCAUUCUAAGCAAAACAGAUCAAAAUGAGUGCAAGUCUAAUAAAAAUCCUACAUCCUUUUUCCUUCACGCCCACUAUGAUUCUGUGUUUCUUCUUCCCCCUUCUGAUUAAUUGCCAGUGCAGCAGAAAUCCAGUAAUAUUCAUUUUUGGCGACUCCAAUUCGGAUACUGGUGCUUAUUAUUCUGGUCUUGGUUUGAUGUUUGGAGUUCCCAAUGGACGCUCAUACUUUAAUCAGCCAACAGGCCGAUUAUGCGAUGGACGAUUGGUCAUUGAUCUCUUGUGCGAAAGUUUGAAUACGAGUUACUUGACCCCUUAUCUAGAACCAUUGGGUCCAGAUUUCAGAAAUGGAGUUAAUUUUGCUUUUAGCGGUGCUGCCACUCAACCUAGAUAUAAGCCUUUCAGUUUAGACGUUCAAAUUCUUCAGUUUCUUCGAUUCCGAGCUCGCUCCCCUGAGCUAUUUUCAAAAGGCUACAAAGAUUUUGUCGAUGAAGAUGCCUUCAAGGACGCAAUUCAUAUAAUUGACAUUGGACAGAACGAUCUUGCUGGUUCAUUCGAAUACCUUUCAUACGAACAAGUCAUAAAAAACAUAUCAUCUUUCAUAAAAGAAAUCAACUAUGCUAUGCAGAAUAUAUAUCAACAUGGUGGAAGGAACUUCUGGAUACACAAUACGGGACCUCUGGGUUGCCUGCCACAAAAACUUGCUACCUUCGACAAAAGGAGCAGUGAUUUUGAUCAGUAUGGAUGCCUCAAGGCUCUUAAUGAUGCAGCAAAGCAGUUUAAUGACCAGUUGCGCGUCCUAUGUGAAGAACUUAGAUCUGAGUUGAAGAAUAGCACCAUCGUGUACGUGGAUAUGUACUCCAUCAAGUAUGACCUCAUUGCGAAUGCUACUACAUACGGUUUUGAGAAUUCAUUGAUGGCAUGCUGCGGUUAUGGCGGUCCACCAUACAACUAUAAUCCUAUUAUUACCUGCAGCCGACCUGGUUACAGCGUGUGCGAGAGAGGAUCAAAGUUCAUAAGUUGGGAUGGAGUUCACUACACAGAAGCUGCCAACGCAGUCGUUGCCUCCAAAAUUUUAUCUACUAAUUACUCGACUCCUCAGAUUAAGUUUAGUUAUUUCUGUAGUAACUAGCUAGUUUGCAGCUUGAUUGGAAUUUGCUGAUUUUAAAUAUCCUUGGAAAUUUAAUUCUUGCAGGAACUUUGCAAGCAAACCAAGAUGAAAAUUU